AUGAUCCGUGUGCAGCAUGACCCAUACAGUCUUGGCCUGCAGCGCCGCCGCGAGCACCUGUGCGUCCGCGCCAAUGCCGCAGGUCCCCCAGGCAAGGGCCUACCGCAGCGCGGCAAAGUCGCACACGGUCAGAAGAGCGCUGCAGCUGACCGCCAGCCGGCCGGCGCCGGCUCCUCGCCUGCUGCGGCGCGUGCCGUCGCGUGGGACGGCACUCUCGGCCUCGCGCCCCGCUUGCCGCGGCCGCCGCCGGCGCAGCCGUCCUCCGAGCCGCACGACGACUUAGCCGAAGGCCCUGCGGCAGCAGCGCUCGGCGCCGCGGUGGUGACACCCGCGCGCCAGCUGCAAGCGGAUGGCCCCAACUUGGACGACCCGGCGCCGGCCCCCUUGCUCCCGGGGCCCGUCCUUUUUCAGUUUCAGAAGCAGCUCACAGCCGAUGUAUCUUCCGUGGGCCUCACACUCGCGGCCGUCACCGGCGUCAUCGUCUACUGGAGGGGCGUCUGGUCACUCCUGGAUUACUGCCUGGGUGACUCCGUGCUGGGCGCGGCCUGCUGCGUUGCCGCGGGGCUGACGAUGGUGAUGUGGAUCCGCCUCAGCGGCGCCAAGGUGGCCACAUCCUUUUGGCCGCCGGGCUGA